UGUGUAGUAUGUGUAGCUAGUGCUGCUGCAAAAUUUGAAUUUAUGUGCCGCGGGCGGCAUUUGCCCCAUGCGGUCGCCCAUGCCCCUCUCCCCUGGGGCUACAAUGUGGCAGCAGUGCGAGGCCCUCCUCCUCCACCGCCGCUCCGGCGCAGCGGAACCCCGCGCAGCGCACGCCCUCCUCGCCACUGCAGGGCUCCUCCGCCACCGCCCCGAUCUCGCCCUCCUCUCCCUCAACUCCCUCCUCCGCUCCCUCUCCCCCACUCUCCACCUCUCCCUCCCCCUCUUCCGCUACAUGCUCUCCUCUUCUUCUUCUUCGUCGUCGUCGUCGUCUCUUCCUCCCCCGGAUCACCACACCUUCCCCUUCGCCCUCUCCGCGUGCGUCUCCCACGCCUCCCUCGUCCCCGGCGCCCAACUCCACGCCGUGGUCCUCAAGAACGGCCUCUCCCCCGCCGACCACUUCGUCCAAACCGCCCUCCUCCGCCUCUACUCCCGCCUCCCCCACCUCGCCCGCCACCUGUUCGACGAAACACCCCACCGAGACCCCGUCCACUACGACGUCCUCAUGACCUCCUACCUCCGCUCCGACCUCUCCUCCCACGCCCUGCGCCUCUUCCGCCACAUGUUAGACGCCGGCAUCGCGCCCGAUUCCUUCGUCCUCACCACCGCUCUCACUGCAUGCGCCCACUCCGGCGCCUUAGACCAAGGCAUCUGGAUCCACCGCUACUUGAGCAGCACUGGCCCCGAAUUCCUCGCCGACACCUUCAUCGGCUCGGCGCUCGUCAGCAUGUACGCCAAAUGCGGCUGCAUCAAGGAAUCCAUCAACGUGUUCGCCGCGGUCCCGAACCGGAACACCCACAUGUGGGCCGCCAUGGUGGGCGCCUUCGCGUCCCACGGCCUCGCCCGCGACGCGAUCGCAUGCUUGGAUCGAAUGCAGCACGAGGACGGCCUCCGACCGGACGCUAUCGUCCUCCUCUGCGUGCUCACCGCAUGCGCACACUCCGGUCUCGUCGAAUUCGGACUAGCACUUCUCGCCGCGAUGAGAACUCGGUACAACGUACCGCCGGUGCACGAACACUACAGCUGCGCGGUCGACAUGCUCUGCCGCGUCGGCCGGUUAGACGACGCAGCCGAGCUCAUUAAAACAAUGCCGAUGAAGCCGAAGGAGUCGGUGUGGGGUUCGGUGCUCACAGGUUGCAGAACAUACGGAAACGUGGUGCUCGCGGAGACAGCGGUGGCAGAGCUAAACAAACUGGCGGCGGGGGAAGCAGACGACGAGGGAGUUUACGUGCAACUGUCAAACAUCUAUUUGAACGCAAAUAGGAAAGACGAUGCGCGGAGAAUAAGGAAGUUGAUAGGUAGCAGAGGGGUCAAGAAAGCGGCGGCUGUUAGCGCGAUCGAGGUGGACGGCGCGGUGAGCUCGUUCGUCGCAGGGGAUCAGGCUCAUCCUCUAAGGGUUGAGAUCUGGGGGGUGUUAGACAUGUUGGUUGAUCAUAUGGAAUGUAGAGAUGAAGAAGAAGAAGAAGACGAUGAAGAGUUGGAAUUAAUGGAAUUGGCAUCAGUGUUUACGUGGUGAGUGAUUCAGAAUAAUCAGCAGGGAAGCAUAACAUCU